CACACACCACAAUGAGCAGAAACACAAUAGAGAGAGUGUUUAGAGAGCUCUGGUUUUCGCACAAAACCGCAGAGCAUUCGAGGAGCUAUUUUAUCCCAAGACGACCGGUUGAUAGUCUGUUGUGUGCAUCGAAGGCAGUGUCGCGAACGUCUUAAAGAAAGCGACCUAGUCCGCGACUCAGCUCCAGAUUCGGUAACCUCGUUCUUGUUGUUUUCUGUUUCUAACACAACCCGCUGGGCAUCCACGGGUUCAUGGGUACCCAUGGGUUUUUUUUUCGUAAAAAUUUUACAAUAACAAGUUUAUUUCAAAAUAAAAGUCAAAUAUCAAUAUCUCAAUACAAAUUAUCCAUAUAUAAAACACCAUUCUAGAAAAUUCAAGCAAACCACAAAUUAACCAUACAAAUUGUUCAACACCAAUCUAGAACACUCAAGAAAAUUGAAGCAAAUUACAAAUUAUCCAUAAACAACAUGAUUAAUUGAAAGCUUCUUCCUCCUUGUCAAUUAAGUUUAUUCACUCUCCACUCCAUAAUAUCAACUUCAUUAUGCACAAUUAGAAAGAAAAAAUUAGACAUGUCUCCGCAAACAUAAAGAAGAUUAGUUGCUUAGAAUAUUAAAUAUACCGAGAAAAUUAAUUAUAUGGGUGUGAGUGUAUCCAUGGGGUGGGUAUAGCUAAAUCCAAACUCAACCCAAUCUGGUGAAUAGUGAACGAGUUUAAACCCGAACCCAAUCCAAAACCCGUCAACACGGGGUUUUUUUGCCAUCCCUAAUCGGAAAUACAAGGGAAUGAACUCUUGUAUAUUAGUGUCCAUCUAGCCCAAUUAGUAAGAUGCCUUUUGGGAAGGACAUCCAAAAGUAAAUCCGUGCGGGUUUGGCUCAAAGCAGACAAUAUCGUACUGAUUGAGUUGUCUGGUUACGACACAUUAGGCUAACAAUAUCUAAAUAAACGACUCGGUGUGUGCAUUUUACCAUCUACUUUCCAAUCGAUAAAUCUCAAGGUUAAUAAAUGCUACAUGCAAAUGUAUUCUUCUUCUACCUCGAGAUAGAAACAUGGUUUUACCUAGGGCUGGUAGUGGAUGCCGAAUACCGAUACCGAAUUUCAGUCGGUAUACCGGUAUACCGGGUAAUCGGUAUCCGGUAUGAACCCGGUAUCCCGAAAACCGUCAGGCAAAAUGGGGAAGAAGAACUGUCGCCGCCAGAAUCGUCAUCUCCGUCGGAAUCUCUGCACUCAAACUCAGCGAACACUCGCCUCCUCCCCUGUUCUUCUUCUUCUUCCCUUCUUUUGUCUUCUAAAUUCUUCCUUUCUUCUUCUACCUCUCCGUCGGUGACUGCUGUUGCGGGUGAAGAGAAGAGGAUGACGGAGAUGCGGCGUCGCUCUCCUCGUCGACGACUACUGUUGGCUGAGGUGGGAGGGAGAUCGAGUUUGGGCUUCGGGGAAGAGAAGAGGAAGAGGAAGCCGGGGCUAGCUGUUGGGGGCGACGGAUUGAAUCGGGGAGGUCGAGGGUCGGGGGUCGCCGGGUCGGGGAUGGUUGAGGGUGGGAACUGGGAAAAUUUAGUUUAGGGUUUAUUUAAUCAAAAUCCAAUCCCUCCUGCGGCCCUGCUUGUACGCUGCGCUGCACUUUUUUUUUAAGUUUCGGUAUUCCGGUAUACCAAAAUAUUGUCGGUAUUUACCGCCAAGUAUUCGGUACUAUCGAAUGGAUUAUUUUCUCCCCGAAUACCGAUACCGCCGGUAUUCGAUAUACCGGAUACCGUCGGUAACCAGUUCAGUAGCAGGUAAUACCGAAUACCAGCCCUAGUUUUACCAUGCUGGCAUGUUGAAAUAGCUCUUUCACUACAUCUUGGUACGGUUCGAUUUUCACGGUUAACUAAUGUGGAUAAAAAAUGUAGUAACCCUCUUUUUCUUCGUUCUUCAUUCAAUGCUUUCUAUCUAUACAUAAUGUUGUAUUUUUCUUCUUUUCAGACCUUCAGGUAGGGGUGUUCAAAUGGUUACCAUGGUUAUAACCAAACCAAAUAAGGCUAAAUUCCAUUAACCAUGGAAUACAAUAUCAUAACCAAACCGUCCAAACUAAUACAACAAUCAAAUUAACCAAACUAAAGUUUAAUCGGUUUGGUUAAUUGGUUAACCAGAUUAACCAAUAUAAAAUCACAUUAUCAUU